AUGGCACAAGACACUGCCUUCUCCUCGCUCUUCUUCAAAGUCCUCAUGCAGAUGCUGCAGUGGCUGGAGAACCCCGGGGUGGAGGAGGGUCCUCUGCGUGCUCAGCUGAAGGCCUUUGCUGUGCAGUACUCCUCAAGGCACAGGAUCAGUGAUGUUCGAGGUGGCUUCUUGCACCUCACAGAAGCUCUGACCUUCCGUCGUGACCCUGACUUGGUCAGCUCCACGGUACAUGCCAUCAUUGCAACCCUGAAAUCAGGAGAGAAGUGUAAUGUGGAGCCAGAGCUCGUCAGCAAAGUCCUGCAAGGUCUGAUUGAAACUCAGUCACCUUACCUGGAGGAACUCCUGACUGUCCUCUUCUCAGCUACUGUUGAGACCACUACCAGGUUUCCUGCCAUGAAACCAAUUGCUGUGGUGAGCUCCUUGUUGCUCCAGGACAAAGAAGAAACACCAGUGAAGAAGGAGCUGGAGAGUUGCAGUGCUGAAGCAGCUUGCCUGGGGCCCUCCUCUGGCCUUCUGAAUGACUGGCUGGAAAUGCUGGACCCAGAGGUGAUCAGCAGCUGCCCUGAUCUCCAGCAGAAGCUACUCUUCUCCUGGAACAAAGCAGGGUCCCAGGUCCCCUCCUUCCGCCCGUAUCUCUUGGCCCUUCUGACUCACCAGUCCAGCUGGACCACGCUGCACCAGUGCAUCAAGCUGCUGCUCUGCAGAAACCGGGAGCAAAGGUUUGACCCGACUGCAUCCUUGGAUUUCUUGUGGGCCUGUAUUCACAUUCCUCGGAUCUGGCAGGGAAGGGACCAAAGAACUCCUCAGAAGCGCCGUGAGGAAUUUGUGCUCCACCUAAAGGCAUCAGAGUUGAUCAGCAUGGUGGAGCUGAUCCUGGCUGAAGCAGAAACCAGAUACCAGAACACAGAAGAGGCCUCUUGCACACUCAUCCAGUCUCGACUGCCUUUAUUGCUCAGUUGUUCUCAUGGGGACCUUGAGAGCAUCAAAAAAGUGACAGAGUAUCUGACUGGCUGCAUCCAGCAGUGGGGGAGCAGCUCUGUGGGAAAAUGCUGCCAGGACCUUCUGCUUCAGAUAUACCUGCAGCUACCUGAGCUCCUGGUGCCUAUGCCCGAGAUGCUUCUCACCAGUGAAGGAGCCAGAGACAGCAGCACUUGCAAGCUCGAUGCCCUGGUUCACAGAUUCAUUAACCUCCUGGCAGACACCAGUGACUCCAAGUCGUCAGAGAGCCGUGUGUGGGAUGCCAAUAUGGCCUGCAGGAAGCUCGCUGUGGCUCAUCCCAUCCUACUGCUCAGGCACUUGCCAAUGAUUGCGGCGCUGCUGCACGGCCGUGUUCACCUCAAUUUCCAGGAGUUCAGGCAGCAGAACCACUUGACCUUCUUCAUCCACGUGCUGGGGAUCUUGGAGCUGCUCCAGCCGCAGGUGUUCCAGAGCGAGCACCAGGCGGCGCUGUGGGACUGCCUGCUGUCCUUCAUCCGCCUGCUGCUGAACUACAGGAAAUCCUCACGGCACCUGGCUGCCUUCAUCAGCAAGUUUGUCCAGUUUAUCCACAAGUACAUCACAUGCAAUGCCCAGGCAGCUGUCUCCUUCUUGCAGAAGCACUCGGAUCCACUCCAUGACCUGUCAUCAGACAACAGUGACCUGGCAAUGCUGAAGUCCCUCCUGGCUGGCAUGAGUUUGCCUAGUAAGAGUGGCAGCUUGGACAGAGGCUCUGAUGAAGAGAAGGAAGAUGAAGCAGCAGCUGGCUCUCUGCCCCUUGUCAGUGUGUCUCUCUUCACUCCUCUCACACCAGCUGAUAUGGCCCCAUACAUGAAGAGGCUCUCUAGAGGUCAGACAGUUGAGGACAUCCUGGAGGUGCUGACAGACAUUGAUGAGAUGUCCAGACGGAGGCCAGAGAUUCUCUUCUUUUUUGCUACCAACCUGCAGAAGCUGAUGAGCUCCUCAGAGGAGUCCUGCCGAAACCUGGCCUUUAGCCUGGCUCUGCGCUCCAUUCAGAACAACCCCAGCAUUGCUGCAGACUUCCUUCCCACCUUCAUGUACUGCCUUGGCAGCCGAGACUUUGAGGUGGUGCAGACAGCCCUGAGGAACCUGCCUGAGUACACCCUCCUGUGCCAAGAGCAUGCAGCAGUGCUGCUGCACAGGGCCUUCCUGGUGGGCAUGUAUGGCCAGAUCGACACCAGCUCGCAGAUUUCGGAGGCCCUGAAGGUUCUGCACAUGGAAGCCAUGAUAUGAACAUGUGGGAGCUCCACUUCCAGAGGAGUUAAUUUAACUGGACUCAUCAGCUGCAUUGAAGCCCU